AUGGAAUACAUCACUGUACCAUUCGGUUCGAGCGACGACGAGCAUUCAAUCAAGGCUGUGGAAACUGCGACAACAUCUAAGCAUCAUUCCAAGCACGACAAAACUUCCAAAUCUUCAAUUGCGAGGAGAGGAGAUACGCAGGGCGUCGAUAACUCGAGUUCCGUGACAUUGACAGGGAAACGGGCGAUAGACGAGAGUGGGAGGAGCAGCAAGCACAAGCUAUCACGUAAAGCUGUCGCCGAGGAAAGGGUGACAAGCCGACCUUCCUCAGUCCUAAGUUCACCAUCCUACAUCAAAGAUCAUGUAAAAAAGCGGAAAACUGCGGCGCAGGAGUCGGCCAAGGAGCUAGCACGAGACAUCGAAGCUCUUAGGGAGCAACUUCUGUUUUCUCAGAAGGAACUCAUCGAUGCAAAUCUCAAGAUUACAAGCUCAGAGAAGAGGAUCAUGACACUCGAGAAGGAGAAACAGAGUAAUUUGGACCAAUGCAAGGCCGCCGAGGACACGCUUACUGUUCAACUCAAAGAUGCUCAAAGACGUGUGGCCGAACUCGAAGCGAAAAACCGAAAGCAGGAAGGAGAACUACGCAUCUUUCAUGAAAAGUUGAACACCGCUGAGGAGAAGAGUCAUAACCUGGGAAAACUUUUGGAGGAGCGAACCGCCGAGUUUAAAGGAACACAGACUUUCAUGACCUCUGCCGACACAUACUCGGGCGCUGAAAUCAUGAGCAUGGUUGAAACCAUGAACGCUGAAAUAUUUCAAAUCGCAGCUUUCACAGCGGAGUUGGUUGAAACUAGCACGUCGAUCGCGACCCCAGAAGAGCGAAGCGACAACAUUCACCGAUAUCGGGCCCCCUUGGAAUCUGCUGAGCGUCGGUUAGGUCGUGAGCUAUCCUCCCAUAUCUCAACCAAAUUCGUCGAAGUACGGGCGGAGCCUUUGCCAUUGCAACUGGCCAUUCAGGCAUUACUUUCUUUUGAAUGUGUAAUGGAAAUACGUACGUUUCGUUACGACCCCUUUGGGGAAUCUUUGGAUCAAUUGUAUAGGAAAAUAAAAGCGAGCGAGGCUCCAGCGGUAGCGGGAAGAUGGAGGGCAAUCACGAACUCGAAAAUGCGCGUGGCGCGUGAUUACUCCCGAGUGGAACCUGCCUUGAACAUGAUUAUUGGCCUGUUAUGUGUCUGUGGACUAUCCAUUCGGAGCAUUGAAAAGAACCCACAGUUUUCGACAUUGAAGAAGAUGUUGCAUACGCUGCUGGAGAAGCUCCAAAUUCAGCUUAAAACUGCGGUUAUGGAAGGAAUCACAACGACCGACAUGGAGGUGUUCAUUAACGCCUCUGGAUGUCAUCUUUCUGCGGCGAUGGAGGACGUUUAUGCCGAGCCACAGGGUGAUCCCCAUAAGCAAAACAAAACUGUGGCGGAUGUUGGAGAAAAGAAGGUGCUUUGCACAGUGGGACUAGGCCUCCGGAAGUCUACUAUGAAGCUUUCACGCAAUGGACAACCGAAAGACCACAUCGAUGUUCUAGUUAAGCCGAAGGUCGUUUUGUCCUCGGUUUUGGACGCUAUCGGAACUGUAGAGGAAGAUCACCCACAGGCUCAAGGUGGCAAGUAG